AUGUCUCUAGUGGACUUGGAAAAUGGCGACGAGUCUGACGCUCCCAUGAGUGCUGCGUCGCCAUCCUCAUCCUCCGUAUCCGAUAGCCAACCCCAAGCUCCCGCUUUCAAGAUACCCUCGAGGACCAUUGCCGCCGUCGAGCACCCAUUUCUGAUCCAGAACCUCGACAAGGGCUUAGGCACAUUUGGACCGAAUCCGCAAUUCCAAUCAGUUUUAGAUCCCUCCAGGCCCCAGCUGUCUGUGCCUCUGUAUCUUCACCCACAGGAUCCUACUUCAAGGCCAAUGAUGUCUCAUUACUCGUCAUCUCAUAAUGUCGUCUUCAAAAUCACCGUCCCAAAGCGGACCGGCCGGAAGAGGAAGAGAGGCAGUAAUGGACCGUGGCAGGGUGAGGUCGCCCAACCCGCUCCGCCGACCGGGCCAGGAUCGGAGAAUUUGCGUUCAGAGUCGAGGCUUGACGAACCCAAAGUUCUGAGGCGAAAGCUUCAGGAUAAUGUCGACAGGUAUCAUGCUGAAGCAGUCGGUGUUAUCAAGCACACUCAUCGCUACAGGGGCAUGGCCGACUUCAACUACUCGAUGAAGAACAAUGAUUUCAUGAACGAUUUCACCGACAAGAUCUUGUCUGGUGAUGUGUCCAAGUUUCGUCAAUUUUCCAUGAAGCCUGGCGUCGAUAAGACUCCAGAGCAGGCAAUUGUCGCUCCGCCCCUGAUGACCCAAAUCAGCGUACCCUACUACUACUUCUAUUCUCAAAAUCCCUAUGUGAGGGUGGUCGACACUAAGGAUGGCGGCUUUGAAAUGGUCAACACGACGUCUAGAGUGAAAUCAGUGGGCUACUUCAUUGGCACGCACGACCCGAUACCCAGCGCUCCAACCGGCAAGCCUAGAGUCAAGGAUCCCUUAUUUGAUGUCAUUGUGAAGGCGAUGAGAACGCUCCUGGAGGAACGACCGGUCUGGACGCGGCGUUCGAUCAUCAACAAGCUGACUGAUUUCGCGUACGAUCCCGAGCACCCUGAAAAACGCUUCCCACCGAACCUGUCACAGCAGCUCCUCAAGAAUGCAAUCCAGUACGCGGGUUACCAAUUCAAGGGCGGUCCAUGGCGCGACGCGCUCGUCAGAUACGGCUACGAUCCCCGUAAGGACCCCUCAAGCCGUGUAUAUCAGUGCCUCAUCUUCCGCCUGAGGCGGCUUCAGGUGGGCGAGAUGGGCGAGAUGUGGCAGGAGCUACGCAAGCGCGACAUUUCAGGGGUCAAGGCGACCAACGAUGAGCACACUGGGACCCACCUCUUCGAUGGCACGAUCUACUACGACGACGGCAAGGUCUGGCAGGUAUGCGAUAUUACGGAUCCACUGCUGGCCAAGCUCUUCGCCGAAGCAGCCAUGCGACCUGAAUGUGAUAUCGAGGGCAGCGGCUGGUAUCACCGUGGGCUAUGGGCGAAGGCGAGGGCCAUCAUGAAGUGCAAGAUGAGGGCGAUCCAGUUCGGGAGGACCCUGCAGGACAGCGAUUUUAACCAGGCGCUGCAGGCACGCGAUGAGAGCCCGGAUCCGGAGGCAACGAAGAGCAUUGCUAUUGCCACGCCGGACUUGCAUCUGACGGAGAAGGAACUCGAGCUCAUCCGAGGCAAGAAAUACAAGGGUGUCGGAAGGGUCCGCCACAACAAGCGGACCUCAUACCAUUUUCCAGGGAAGAGGGUGCACAAGGGUCUUGGAAAAUCAGGCGCAGCUGGCGAGCCAUCACAGUCGCAAGAGGGCGAUGGGGACGAGACGGCGUUGGAGGACGACCAGGAGCGCGAGGAAGGAGAUGAGACAGGCAUCGUGGACGGCCUGCCGACGGACUUCGAAGAUGGUAGCGAGUACGACGAGGAUGAUGGAGAUGAAGACGAGGACUUUGAUGAGGAAGACUACGGUGAUGACGACGAGGAGGACGUGCCUGAGCGGAGUCAUUACCAGGCAUUCCAUAUGAAUGAGGACGAAGAGCAGGACCUCGAGGAUGACGAUGCGGAUGACUGA